AUGGGGCUUAGCCAGCAGUUUCGUCGUCCACCACCACCUCAGAUUAGGCCGGCACAACGGCCUAUACAGCGGCCGAACUUUUCACAGCAGGCUCAGGUGCAUGCCCUAGCGGUUGAGGGCCAAGAUGUGGCAGUCCCUACUCCUACGGCCUUUGAGGUGACGGCCCACAUUCAAGGUACUCCCAUAUUCCUUUUGAUGGACACUAAGUCUACUGCUUCUCUUAUAUCUCAUGCAACUGUCAAGCAUCUGGGGCUACGCCCUAACCCCUUCGUGGGGGUAAAGAUCAUUACAGCCGCCGGUACCUUCUCAGAAACGACAAAGAUAUGCUAUGAUUGCCCCAUUGACUUGAGAUGCACGGUAGCGCACAUGGAUUUGAUAGUGACCAAAAUCUUCUAUUAUGAUGUCAUCCUGGGUAUGGACUGGUUGACAGUGAUGAAAGCAGAAAUUGAUUGUGAUACAAAGACAAUGAAGAUACAUGAGGACGACGACACUUCCCUCACAUUUUCGGUCCAGGUCAGCUACGAACGCAGGAUUUUGUGUUAUGCUUCAUUAGAGAACGGAUAUACUGGACCCUCGAUAACGGACACACCCGUGGUCCAAGAUUUUUGGGGCGUAUUUAAAAACAUACCUGGACUACCACCUCGACGUGAGAUAGACUUCACGAUUGAUCUGGUUCCUGGAGCCAAGCCCAUCUCCUUGCCUACUUACCGCAUGCCCCAUAUGAGAUGGAAGAACUACGGACUCAAAUCGAUAAUUUGCUAA